GAGGAGACGAAAGAAGAAGGGUGGUGGUGGUGGUGGUGGUGUUGGUGUUGUUGUUGCUGCUCCUCCUCGUCAUCAUCAUCAUCAUCAUCAUCUUCAUAGUGUUACUAGUGAUACUAGUUACAUCAUUAUUACAUAUUCCAACAAUAACAACAACAACAACAAAUACUAUCAUCACCGCUGGAAUAAAAGGAACAACAACAACAACAAUUGCUGCAGAAAUUUUUACUGUGGUCUUAACAAUUGUUGUUGUUGUUGUUAUUAUUAUUAUUACAAUUAUUGUUAUUAUUGCUGCUGUUGGACAAUUGUUAGUUGAAAAAAGGUACGUCGUCGAAUACAACAACAACAACAACAACGACGAUUUAUCAAAAGAAGAACAACAGAAACAACGAGAAGGGGAGGAGGAGGAGGAGGAGGGUUAUCAAAAAGUUGAGGAACUGGCGAAGAAAAAAAAGAGGAAAGGUGGUGAGGAAGAAGAUAAAAGGAAAAGAUUUAAAAGGAGAAGAAUAAGAAUGAAAAUUAUACGAGUCAAGGUUGAUGACGAUGACGAUUACGACGAAUAAGUGGAAUUCGAUUAUGACAAGAAGGAUUAUUAUGAUGAUGAUGAUGAUGAUGAUGAUGAUGAUGAUGAUGAUGACGAAGAAGAUGAUGAUGACGAAGAAGAUGAUGACGAUGAUAACGACGACGAUAAUAAUUCCGAUGAUAAUGAUAAUUAUUAUUAUGGAUAAUAUUAUAACCGAGCAUUGGUUCAAUCGGUCGAUAAACAAAAUAUUACCGAUAAUAAUCAUCGAGGAUUGAUUACAUUUGUGAUAAAGAAAGAGGAUUUCUUCGUUGCAUUAUACAUCUAUCUAUCUUUCCUUCCAUCAUUCAUUCAUUCAUUCAUUCGUUGGGUCAACAUUUAACAAUAACGGUAAUAACCUAAAAAAAAAGAAACCAAGAAGCAGAAGAAGAAGAAAAUAUUAUUAAUAUAACAAUAAAAAUUAUAAUAAUAAUAAUAAUAGUAAUAGUGAUAAUAAUAAUAUUAGAAGACAGGACGAGAAAGAAGAAGGGACACGUCCCCGUCGGGUUUAACAAGGAGUCGUCGUACUCUGGGUGUGCGCGCGCGCGCACCUAUCAUCCAUCCAUCCAUCUAUCUAUCUAUCUAUCUAUCUAUCUAUCCAUUCGUGAGUGAUCGUAGUGGUGUUAGUAGUGGUGGUGAUGAAGAUGAUGAUAGUGUCGAUGACGAUGAUGAUGGUGUGGUGGUUAUGGAAAUGUCUGUGCUAGUAAUUGUCGUCUUCGUCUUGGUUUUGUUCUUGGUCUCUUCGUCUUCGUAGUAAAAUCAGCAAAAAAAGAAAAAAACAAGUAGAAGCAAAGAAAAACAAUCGUCAGGACAAUAUAAGAAUAGUGUGUGUGGUGUGUGUGUGUGUGUAUGUGCUCUAGUGGAUUGAUAAAUAAUAAUAAUAAUAAUAAUAAUAAUAAAUAGUAGUGUGGUAUAAAUAGGAAUAUUAAACAUAAAGGACAAAAUAUAUACAUACAAAUAUAUAUACUGUGUGUAUGUGUAUAUUUGUUACGUGCUCCUAAGAGUCCUGUCUCUUUAUCUCUAUCUAUCUUUUACGCACGCACACACAUACAAACAGAAAUUGCAAAAAAAUACUCCGUUGCAGCAGCAGUUUGUUGCAGCCUGUGCGUGCGUGCAUGCGUCUCGUGUACGCAACUUGUGCGUGUGUGCGCCUAUGUAUAUGUGUGUGUGUGUGAGCUGCACACACAUAUACUUGUACACUCUCUUAUACGUGCGUGGUUUCGCGUGUUUUCUCGACACGCACCGAACUCUUUCUAUCUACUGUUCUCUCUCUCUCUCUUUCUCUUUCUCUUUCUCUCUCUCUCUCUCUCUCUCUCUCUCUCUUUAACUCUAACUCUCACUCACUUACUCCCUCUCCCCUCUCUAUUUCUCUCUCUCUCUCUCUCUCUGGUCUUGCUGAGCAGCGCACGAUCGAUGUGACACACCGUGUGCCGCCAGUACGUCGCAUUCCGUACAAAAACUUUCGGCCAGCUUGUCGAACGGAAGGAAGAAAGGAAUAGGAAGGAAGGAAGGAAGGAAGGAAGGAAUAAAGGAAGGAAGGAAGGAAGGAAGGAAUAAAGGAAAGAAGGAAGAAAAGAGUUGGGUAGGCUUGCACGCGCGCGCGCAAGCAAGCAAGAAACCAAACGCCUGCUGAGAAACACGUCAGAGAGGAGAAAAUUCGUUAGAGUGUGUGGUGUAUUCCGAACCAGUGUUCUUUCUCCAUUCCCCACCUUCAUCCCUGCCCCUCUACCUCUACCUCUACCUCUCUCUCUCUCUCUCUCUCUCUCUUUUGCUCUCUUAAUCUAUCUAUCUUUUUCUAUUCCCAAUAUCUCGAGUUCGGAAUAUGCAAGUGAAUACUACUGGUCCCUACACUCAAAUCUCCGAUGGACGUCGAACAGUUAACAAUAUUUUCCAGGACAAUCCCCGUUUAGACGGGUUAUCUUGAACAUAACGUUAAAGGACAUCAAAACUGUUGUAUCUUUUAACGCAUUACUGUUGUCGUCCUCUCCCCAUCCACCCGCCCACCCCUUUGAAUAAUUUGUCAUCAUUGUCGUCGUAUUCGUAUACCUCCUCGUGCUCGGUGUUUAUCAUCACCGUCGCCGUCGGGGAGGAGACUAAAGCCACUGUGGUGGUGCCUCGGUAUGGAGAUCGAGGCGAAACAGAGGAAUCAACGGAAUCGGAGACGUGAACGAGCCCUGCGUAUGCUGGCGCAGAGGGAAAACAUUGUUAAUACUAAACAACAGCAACAGAGUCAACAGCAAGGACAACAACAACAGCAACAACAACAGCAUAGUCAACAACCAAAUCAACAGCAAGGGCAACAACAAACCGGUGGUGGUAGACAGAGACCACGUGACGACGAGGAGGACAGUCAUAGUGGAGAAGAAGAGGAUCCCAGUCCAGGUGGUGGUACUGGUGGUAUUGGUGGUGUUGGUGGUGGUGGUGUAGGUGGAGGUGUAGGUGGAGGUGGAGGUGUUGGUGGUGCUAGUGCUGUUGGCUGUGGUACCGGUGGUACUGGUGCUGGUAAUACAAUUGGAUUAUCUGGACUUGGUAUUAUACCAAGAAACUCCCAUUCUCGUGAAGGUGGACAUUCAAGGCCACCUAGGCCACCACGACCACCUAGACCUAGGAAAAAGUCUUGCCUAGCCGCUGCCGCAGCUGCCGCGGCAGCGGUCACCAAUAAUCAGAAGGAACCUCCCUUCGAGGAAGACAUCAUCGACGGUUUCGCGAUUCUCGCCUUCCGCACCUACGAUGAACUCGAGAGUGCAAUAAAGCUAGGUGGUAAAAAUAAUGUAAAGAAGUUGCAUACGUUGCUGUCGAUAGUUGACGAAAAACCAAAGCUGGAUACUGGACAAAACAAUAGGCACACCGAGCACCAUAUCAAAAAUCAUUUCAAGCACAACCAUUAUACACAUAAUUCCAUAUUGACACCAUCGACGCUCAACCAGGGUCUAGAUGCAGGUACAAGCGACGAUAGUGGUAGAGCGUCUGAACAAUUGCAUGGCCCUGGUAUACCUAGGGAUUGCCAGGACGCAGACAGUUCCAGGGACCAUCUCAGCGAUGCUAGCAGUCAUUGCAGUUCGGGUAAAGGUUAUAUCUGUGAUAGUGAAGGAGAAGACGAUAAGGGCUCGGAUGCAGAGUCGAUACUCUUUGAAUCUUCUACCCCACCACCCCUUGCACGUAAAUACGAGCUGCCAUCUUCUUCACCGCACGUGUUGCCUCCAACGAACGGAGCAGGAGGAUCUCCUCCGGACACGGGUGGACAAAUUUCCAACCCUGCAACGGAUGCACCGGCACCUAUACCACCACCAGUGCCAGCAUCUGCACCAGUUCCAACCGCACCGAGUCCUCCUAGCCCAACAUUACCCCCACACAUAUCCCAACCACCGAUGACUAGUCCACUGGCAGCCAAUCCUCGUGCAAUAGCUCCGCAGCAACGACCAGCCUCACCUGCUCUGCCACCACCUUCCUUAUCCCAACAACCUCAUACUACGAUACCUGCAUUGCAUCCACCUAAUGUGCCCCUCGUUUCAUCGAGCCAUACUACUAGUCCGGCGGUAGCUAAUUUAGGUGUAGCUCCAGCGGCACCAUCAAACGGUGCUGCUACUACAAGCUAUCCACCACCAAUACCCAUGGCCGCCUAUCCUCAAACGCAACCGUCUUAUCCACCGCUUUAUACACCGUAUACAGCUCUAAAUCAUAGUCCGUAUCUCCCACCUGCGGUACCAUCUCCUUCCCAUUCUGCUUCUUCGCGUACAGACGUGAGAGGAAGUAGAGCUUCUCCUUGUACUAACAUAAGUAAGCAGACUAUAGGAAAUAACAUCACGAGUCAUAAUAAUACUCCUUUGAGUGCUGCUACUACAACAUGCGUGUCUACGAUAACUAAUACAGUUACCACGGCGAAUACCAUAGCUCACAGAGAUAUGGUUGCCUGUAGUCUGUCUGGAAGAAAUAAUAAUAAUAAUUCUCCGCGUGGACAUAGUCCUAGUCGAGAAAGAGACAGUUAUAGUAGCAAUGUGAGUAGCCUAAGUAGGGGCAGCAUCACUCCCGUAAGUGUGCCAAACACGUCAUCUCCAGCAAAUUCUAGUCUAACUGCGUACACCAAACCACAAGGAUGGAUUGGUAGCAACACAACCUCACAGCUCUCUCCAGCAACAGCAACGUCUGUACCAAGGCCAACUCCACCACCCGUACCUCCACUUGGGAUUCAUACAUUUCCACCACCUAUGUUCGCAGCUCCUUUACCACCACCUGUUUCUAGUUCCAGUCCGCAUACUUCACUGCCUUCACUUCCUCCACCUACGACCAACCCCAACCCGUUUUCGGCAGAGUCACUUUUUCAAACAAGGGUGACUCAUGUUACAGGUCAAGCGGACCUGUUAAGGAGAGAGCUUGACAAUAGAUUUUUGGCGUCUCAAGAUAGGAAUGUCAACGUAGGGGUUGGAAAUUUGGGUCCACCGCCGUAUCUUAGAACGGAAAUGCAUCAUCAUCAACAUCAACAUACGCACGUGCAUCAGCACACGACGCCGUUGCUUCCACCAGCAGCGGCAACUACGUUGUUUCCUCCCCCAAUCGUAAGUUUGAAUUUCAAAGAUAUACCAAAACUUGGCGGAGUGGAUUCCCCCUUUUUUCGAGGUAAUUUAAACAUAUCUGGAUAUACCGGAUUCAACACGGGAAUACUUCAUCCUGGGAUUGGUCCUCCAUCAACACCUUUUGUACCUCCCAAUCAUUUAACAUCAUUUGCACCAAAGGUAAAAAAGAAGAACGGAAAAUGGAAUGCAAUGCAUGUACGCAUCGCAUGGGAAAUUUAUCAUUAUCAACAAAAGCAACAAGCCGAAACAAAAGCUGGAAGUGUUAACACCAAAACAGAAUUGUUAAGACCCCCAAGCCAUCUCUAUCCAGGAGGACCCGCAAGUGGUUUGGGAAUGUCUGCUCCUCCUAUGGCACCUCCAUUCCCAACUAAUAUGCCACCUGCGCAUCCUGCACCACCUCCACCUCAUCCCGUUGGUUUCCUAUCCACGCCAACUUCUCAUUUAGGAUCUGGAAUGUCACCAUUUGGAAGAUAUCCUUCAACGUUUGGAACGCCAAAUCCAAACUUUCCAGGUCUCUCGAGUUUUCCUCCAGCUAGAGAAAUGCCACCUUUGAGUGGCUUGAGUUCUGUUCACGAUCCAUGGAGAGGAUUGCAACGUGCAUCCACUGGCUUUCCACCAACCACAGUGUCAUGGGGGUUGAAACCGGAGCCGCCAGCGAUCGACAGAAGAGCCGAACUGGAGGAACGUGAACGUGAACGUGAACGUGAACGCGAACGUGAAAGAGAACGUGAACGGGAACGCGAACGUGAACGGGUACGUCGUGAGAGAGAACGUGAAAGGGAGGAACAACGGGAGAGAGAAAGACGCGAACGUGAAAAGGAAGAGAAAAGAAAGCAGCAGGAAGCUGCUGAAAGAGAACGCGAAAGACGAGACAAGGAGCGCCGUGAAAUGGAAAGGCGCGAGUUAGAAAGAGAAAGGUUGUCACAUCAAAAUCGUCAGCACGUAUUAGUUGGUAGGGAACGUUCACCUUUGAGAAACGGUUCGGCACCGUUGGACGCUGGUGAAGUAAGAGUUAAAGAAGAACCGCGUAGCAAGGAUGACGAAGUAGUGAUGCUCCCAAGGCCAUCAGGUCCUGGUCCAGGUGGUACGUCAGGUACUGGUCCUGGACCAAAUCCACUGCCUGAUCCAAGAUACCAUCAUCCGCAUCCUCACACAUAUUUAACGAGGCAUCCGCACAGUAUGCCAGGACCGCAUUCAAUGCCACGAAGUAUGCUUCCAGGCUUAGGUGCACAUCCGAUGCAACAUUUCCCACCACCGUCUGCGGCGCCAGGUCAACCAGGUGCUCCUUGGCCUGCCGAUCCCUUUAGGGAUUACAGAUACGAUCCUCUUCAACAAUUACGGUAUAAUCCUCUAAUGGCUGCCUUCAGAGCCGAAGAGGAAGAACGUGCUAAACUUUACGCCGGAUAUCCACCGGGCCCAGUUAAUUCAUUAAGAGGCAAAGAUCCUAGUCCUGGACCAUUAAGUAAUUUACAUAUGCACCAUAGGGCAGGUCCUGGGCCGGGUGUACAAGCUAGACAACUCGAGCCUACAUUAAUGCACGCAGACAUACACAAAAAAGAGGACGCCUCGCAAUCCCGAUGAUACAUCCUCCCUACGUCCUCAGCUUCUGCUGCAAGUGAACGCAGCACCGAUGCCAACAUCAUCAACAUUACCAACACCAACAACAAUUUUUGAACAAUUCGUGUUAUAUCAAACACUAUCUUCUAUAUAUACUUUUUCUCUCUUCUUAAUUAAUUAAUUACUUACUUACUUAUUUACUUAUACAUAUUUACUUAUUUACACAUCAUAUCGUGUCAUCCAUCAAUUCGGUAAUCGGUGCUGAGAUAUUUUGCUAACGGAGAUAAAUAAAUGGGGCGUUUAUUAUAUUUAAAUAUAAUAUAACACACGGAGAUGGAUAUUAGAAAACAACUUAAAAAAGAAAAAGAAAAAAAAAACAAGAGAACAUCAAGAAGGAAAAAAUAUAAGGGGAAA